UCUAAAAAGAUCCAAAAGAAAAAGAAAAAAACUCUCAAAGAUUCGUUUAGGUACGCGACGCCCCGACCUCGAUCCCCUUCACUUCUUCUUCUUUUUUGUUCCAAUUACCAAAACCCUCUCUCUAUCUCUAUCUCUAUCUCUUCAACUCUAUGCUUUGAUUCCAUUUAAAAGAUCCAUUAUUCUUUCUCCAUUUGAGAUUAAUUAAAGCUUCUUCUUCUUCUUCUUCUUCUUCUUCUUCUUCUUCUUCUUUUUUCUCUAUAGAUCUAUCUACCCAUUUGGUUUACCUUUUUAGUAAUGAUGGUGGAGAUGGAUUACGCUAAGAAAAUGCAGAAAUGUCAUGAAUACGUUGAAGCACUUGAACAAGAACAGAAAAAAAUCCAAGUCUUUCAACGCGAGCUUCCUUUCUGUUUAGAACUCGUUACUCAAGCGAUCGAAGCUUGUCGGAAGGAGUUAUCUGGUACGACAAUAUCAGAACAACAGUGUUCUGAACAGACGACAAGUGUUUGUGGUGGUCCUGUUUUCGAAGAGUUCAUUCCAAUCAAGAAGCGUUCCUUGUCUCAAGAAGAUGAAGAAGAUGAAGAAGAAGAUGAACAUGAAUCUUCUCCAGAACUUGAACAGACUAAUAAGAAAUCUGAUUGGCUUAGAUCUGUUCAGUUAUGGAAUCCAUCACCGGAUCUUAACCCUAAAGAGGAGCGUGUAGUUAAGAGAGCGAAAGUGGUGGAGGUGAAACCAAAAAGCGGUGCGUUUCAACCGUUUCAAAAGGAGAAAAAACGCGUUUUGGAAACUGAUUUGCAACCUGCGGCGGUGAAAGUUGCCAGUUCUGCGCCGGCGACGACUACUAGCUCCACCACGGAAACUGGUGGUGCUAAAAGUGAUUUGGAUAAAGUUGGAGAGGAGCAGAUACAGAUGACACAGCAGCACCAAACUCAAACGCAUAGAAAACAAAGACGAUGCUGGUCGCCGGAGUUACACCGACGAUUCCUAAACGCACUUCAACAGCUCGGAGGAUCUCAUGUUGCUACUCCUAAACAGAUUAGAGAUCAUAUGAAAGUUGAUGGAUUAACAAAUGACGAAGUGAAAAGCCAUUUACAGAAAUAUAGACUUCAUACAAGAAGGCCAGCGACAACGGUAGCGGCACAGAGUAAUGGUAACCCGCAACAGCCACAAUUCGUGGUGGUUGGAGGCAUUUGGGUGCCGUCGCCACAAGAUUUUCAUCCACCGUCAGAUGCAGCCAACAACGGUGGUGGUGUAUAUGCUCCAGUUGCUGUGGCGGCGCAAUCUCCAAAACGUUCCGUGGAGAGAAGCUGUAACUCGCCGGGAGCAUCUUCCUCUACAAAUACAGCCACAACUCCUGUGUCAUAGUACUAGACUACUACUAGUCAAGUAGUCCGUGGUUUGGAUUUUGUAGGUUUAAUAAUGCUGAGUGUAAAAAUGGUCUUCGUCCGUUUUGUUUUUGUGACCAAGAAAUGUGUUUUUCGUAGGUUGAAUUUUUUGAAUAAAAUAGACGAAUGUUAUAUUAUAUAGUAUGUACAUGGCUUAAGUAAUUAUUUUUUUU